AUGCCGAAGGAACGCAACUUUAAUCCGGUACAAGCCCAGAGAAAGGCUGACAAAGCGAAAGCGAUAAAGAAAGGCAAGGCCGAAGUCCAGUCCCGUCGCAAUGAGAAACUUGCGCGCCGGAAUCCCGAACGAAUCCAGAAGCAGAUCGACGAUCUCAAAGCUGUUACGACAGGGGGCGGUAAACUUUCUCGGCAUGAAGAGCAAGUUCUUGAAGGUCUCGAGAAGGAGCUCCAUGCAGUGAAGAAGGCACGCGAAGUACUAGGCGACAAAGCACCCACAUUCGGCCGCGGCAGUUAUGAUCGCGAUGGCGAUGCUUCGAGGGGCGUGCUUGGAAAGCGGAGACGGGACAACGAUGAGUUGACCAGCGAUGAGGAUGUCCCCGAUGAAGUCAAGCGAAUCCCCAUGCCGCGAGAUACCCCUCCACCGAUCCCAAAGGAAGUGAUGGAUAAGUGGUAUGCUAAGAGACGAGCGAGGCGACAGGCUGAGCAGGCCGAACAACAAAAGUCAGAGGAAAAGGAAGACAAACCUGCAGCGCCAGAGCCCAAGACGGUGUACGAAGCCAAGCCAAUGGUCCGAAAUUUGGCACAAGAGGCAGUUUCUGCUUUCGUGCCUACUGCUGUAAAGAUCAAAAUGGACAAGGGCAAGGGCCAAGCAGGGUUGAUGGAGCCCGAGGAGGCGGACAGGCUCGAGCAAGAAGGCUAUUUAAAGUCAACAACCUCCGUGGAUGAGACCGCAAUUGCCGGGCCCAGGAAGGCUAUGGUGGAAGAUGUUGAAGAUGAUGAUGUCUGA